AUGGCGACCUACGAUGAACAAAAUGGCAGAGUUGGACUACAUGCAGCCAAGAAGUUCUUGGAGGGCAAAACGACCAAGACUGCUUGUAAAGUAAAGCAAGAAGAUAAACACGCUGUUAAAGAUUUGCAACUCCCUGCUAGGUCACAGGAAAGCAACACCAGCUCUGCAUCUAGUUUCACCACCAACCAUAACUCUGUGGUGUGUUUGCCCCUUGUGUCAGAAGAACUAAAAUUGGUUUGGACACAUUCUGAUCAAACCCGUGAACUUGACUCUAUUCCAGAGCUGGUUCAAGCCUUUAACUUGUUUCCAUACCCGUCGUCAUUUGAGGUCAACACCCUAGCUCGAGUGUGCUCUUUGCCCUUGGACAAAGUUAAGGUUUGGUUCAUGGUACAGAGAAUCAAAUAUGGGAUCAGUUGGUCAUCAGAAGAGAUCGAGGAGACUCGUCGGAAACUAUCAGUGCCACACUCUUUUGAUGACUCCACUGAAACAAGCGAGGAAGCCAAAGUCAUGGAGGAUAAAGAUUCUGAAUCAGAGCCUGUUGUUCCGAGUGUGACUCCCCAGAAGAAGAAACCAAAAUGUGAAUCCCCAGAUUCUUAUAAACCAACCAAAUCCAACUCCCCGUGUUUCAGCUCCACAUUACCGCCACCUCAGGAUUCGUACUUCUACCGCUCACCAAGUGACGUACCGUCAAGUGCUACUGCGGCAUCCGAUGCUGCCGAAGUGUCCUUAGACCUUUCGGGGUCCUCUUCGCAACGACACCGCCAUGGACGCUACAAAAAGUCCAAAGCUCAGCUUGCUGCACUUCGUAAGAGCUUUUUGCGAGAGAACUGGCCUGCAGAGGUGGAGCUGAGGCGCUUACAGGAAGAGACGGGUUUGACACGCAACGACAUCCGUAAAUGGUUCAGCGACAGCCGUUACCAGCUUAGAGUCGGGCGAGGAAGCCUGGCAGCGGCCCAAGGCUUUUCCACCCUCCCAGCUGUAGGAGCCAAACACGAACAACAAAGCGAACCUCUUUCACUUACGACUCAAAGGAGUCGUCUUUUUAAUACCGUGGGGAAGGGCCAGGAGGGAGCCCGAAGCAAUGUGAUAAGAAAUUCCCAUUUCUUUCAGACAUUUUUGUCUCACAGCCUUGAGGCAUUUGGGGAACGCGACAUUGAGGCAGAUGGAUAUGAAGCAAUGGAAGAUCUGUCCGGUGAUGGUGACAGUCUGAAAGAUGGGGACCAAAGCGAAGAAGAACCUCUACAGUUAAUUAAGCCCUUCAAGCUUGACCAACAGGCAGCGCCACAGGAAGCACCCGACACAUUCAAAUCCUCUCCCUGCUCCUCCCCCUCUGGAACUCCUCCACUUACAACAUCGCCUUAUAAACAGCCCCCAAACAGCAUCAGCACAUCAAAGAAGUCAGUCCACCCAGCCAGGGGCAAUAAUCUACACCUCUCAGCAGCAUCUACAUCCCGAACAUCUGGUGGCAGACCAAGGAAAACCAAGGAGCAAUUGGCUUUAUUAAAGCAGCACUUCUUACGCUGCCAGUGGCCCAAGAGUGAAGAUUACACAGAACUUGUUAAAAUUACAGGUUUACCUAGAGCUGAUGUUAUCCAAUGGUUCGGGGACACACGUUAUGCUGUUAAGAACGGCCAGCUGCGUUGGGUUAAGGGGGUCCGUGACAAAUUCUUGGCAGAGCUUGCCGCCCAACAAAGUAAUGCCGGUUUACCUAAUGGCUCAGGAACGUCUCCGCAGGUUGGAAGUAGCCGUAAACGUAAAUCUCAAAUGAACGGAACCUGUGCAGGUUCCCCCAAUGUCCAACCAUUAAUUAACUAUUUCUUCUCAACGGGCUCCCUCAAUGAAAAAGACCUUGACAUAUUAUGCAAGAAAUCAAAAAUGAGUUACCAACAAGUGCGAGAUUGGUUUUCAGCUCAGGUCGUAGGAGAGACAGACCAAGAACCCGUUGUUCCAGAUUAA